AUGGCGGGUUCGGAGGUUGUGCUGUUAGACACCUGGGUUAGCGUGUUUGGUAUGCGGGUCAGAAUUGCUUUUAUGGAAAAGGGUGUCCACUAUGAGCGCAGAGAAGAAGACUUGAUCAACAAAAGCCCAUUGCUCCUUCAGAUGAACCCGGUUCACAAGAAAAUCCCUGUUCUCAUCCACCAUGGAAAACCCAUCUGUGAAUCCAACAUCAUUGUUCAGUACAUCGAUGAGACCUGGCAGAACAAGUCUCCACCAUUGUUGCCCUCUGAUCCUUAUCUCAGAGCUCAGGCUAGGUUCUGGGCUGACUACAUCGAUAAGAAGAUAUAUGAUGCUGGGAGGAAGAUAUGGAGUACAAAAUUAGGAGAAGAGCAAGAAAAAGCAAAGAAGGAAUUCAUAGAUUGCAUGAAGGUGUUGGAAGGGGAGCUUGGGGAGAAGCCAUAUUUUAUGGGGGAGAGCUUCGGGUAUGUGGAUAUUGCACUGGUGCCUUUCUACUGUUGGUUUUAUGCUUGGGAGAAGUUUGGGAAUAUAAGUAUAGAGAAAGAGUGUCCAAAGCUGGUUGCAUGGGCUAAAAGGUGCAUGGAAAGAGAGAGUGUUUCCAAGACUCUUCCUGAUCCUCACAAGGUCUCUCUUAUAUCAGCAACCACCACCACCAUGUUCCUCACUCUUUGUUCGGAGCUAGCCAAACACCCUCAGAUGUGCUGUUGUUACUGCUUGCGUGGCUCCAUCAAACCAGCUCCCUCCAACUACCUAUCAUCGUUCACUGCCCCUCCCUUUGAGUUCAUGUCGGAAAAAAACAAACGAGCAAGGAAGUGGAACUGCCAUUGCACGCCGCCACCAUCCGCUGCCACCGUGAGGACUCCGAUCACCACCACUUACUGUCUCCUUUCGCUGAUCACCGUCGGAUGA